AAUUAUUAUUUUAUGUUCAAAAACCUCAAACUUCAAAUCAUGGAACCCCUUUUUCUGGUCUACAUUGUCAUCACACUCACCACUUAAAAAAUCAUCACUUCAACAUACUCUCUCUCUCUUAGCGUGGUUUCAUUCCCACCAUAGAACUUCAAAAUACUCAUUUGAGAUUCUUCAAAAUGAAAAUCACCAUUAUAGCUUAUGCUUUCUUAGUGAUUUUGACUACACUAUUCAACCCUUCAUCUCUUGCUCUCAGUCAAGAUGGUUUAACGUUGUUGGAGAUAAAAAGCACUUUGAAUGAUACUAAGAAUGUUCUUGGUAACUGGCAAGAGUUUGAUGAGUCUCCUUGUGCAUGGACUGGUAUCAAUUGUCAUCCUGGUGAACAAAGAGUUCGUUCAAUAAAUCUACCAUAUAUGCAACUUGGAGGCAUAAUAUCUCCCAGUAUUGGUAAACUCAGUAGAUUACAGAGAUUAGCGCUUCAUCAGAAUGGCUUGCAUGGAAUCAUUCCUAGUGAAAUUACCAAUUGUACUGAGCUAAGAGCCUUGUACUUGAGGGCUAAUUAUUUUCAAGGUGGUAUACCAUCAGGCAUUGGAAACCUUUCAUUUUUAAAUAUACUGGAUGUAUCAAGUAAUUCGUUAAAAGGGUCGAUACCUUCCUCUAUUGGCCGUCUCUCACAUUUGCAAGUUUUGAACCUGUCUACCAAUUUCUUUUCUGGUGAAAUCCCAGACAUCGGAGUAUUAAGCACCUUCCAGAAGAACUCGUUUAUCGGCAAUUUAGAUCUUUGUGGAAGACAAGUUGAAAAGCCAUGCCGGACAUCACUUGGUUUCCCUGUAGUGAUACCGCAUGCCGAAAGUGAUGAAGCUGCAGUGCCUCCUAAAAGAUCUUCGCAUUACGUGAAGGGAGUGUUAAUUGGGGCAGUGGCAACUAUGGGCCUUGCACUUGUCAUAACUCUGUCAUUACUCUGGAUUCGAUCGUUUUCAAAGAAGGAAAGAGCUGCUAAGAAAUACACAGAAGUCAAGAAGCAAGUUGAUCCAUCAGCAAGCGCUAAACUUAUUACAUUCCACGGUGAUAUGCCAUACACAUCAUCUGAAAUUAUAGAAAAGCUGGAGUCACUUGAUGAAGAGGAUAUAGUAGGGUCAGGAGGAUUUGGUACUGUUUUCCGAAUGGUGAUGAAUGAUUGUGGUACGUUUGCUGUUAAGCGAAUUGACCGAAGCCGUGAAGGAUCUGAUCAAGUGUUUGAAAGGGAACUAGAGAUCUUGGGGAGCAUCAAGCACAUAAAUUUAGUAAACCUACGUGGUUACUGCAGGCUCCCUUCUUCAAGGCUCCUUAUCUAUGAUUAUUUGGCCUUAGGCAGCUUAGAUGAUCUCUUGCAUGAAAAUACUGAACGACAACCCUUGAAUUGGAGUGAUCGCCUAAAGAUAACCCUUGGUUCUGCUCGGGGUUUGGCAUACUUGCACCAUGAAUGCAGCCCGAAAAUUGUGCAUCGCGACAUAAAAUCUAGCAACAUCCUUCUUGAUGAAAACAUGGAGCCUCACAUCUCUGAUUUUGGUCUUGCAAAGCUCUUGGUUGAUGAAGAUGCACAUGUUACUACAGUGGUUGCCGGCACAUUUGGCUAUUUGGCACCAGAGUAUCUACAAAGUGGGAGAGCCACUGAGAAGUCAGAUGUAUAUAGCUUUGGAGUUUUAUUACUUGAACUUGUAACUGGAAAGAGGCCUACGGAUCCUUCCUUUGUAAAGAGAGGUUUAAAUGUUGUUGGUUGGAUGAACACAUUAUUGAAAGAAAACCGAUUGGAAGAUGUGGUUGACAGAAGAUGCACUGAUGCAGAUGCUGAAACUCUUGAAAUAAUUUUGGAGCUAGCAGCAAGAUGCACGGAUUCAAAUGCCGAUGAUCGUCCAUCAAUGAACCAAGUAUUGCAGUUGCUUGAGCAAGAGGUUAUGUCCCCUUGUCCAAGUGAGUUUUAUGAAUCCCAUUCAGAUCACUGAAGUGAUAAUGCCUGAUGUCUCAAGAGGUUAUUGUCACUAUUGGGUUUGUAGAAAAGUUUUGUACCUAAUGUGUAACAACAACUUGUGAAUAGAUUUGUCAUUUAUCUCCUUGUCCCCUUUUGCUGCUGUCUCUUGUGGCCAAAACAAAAAGGGACAGUGUGGACAUGGCAGUGGUUUUUGUAUUUGGAAUGAUCUCCAUUCUUGGCUUCUUGCUAUGGAAGGAAAUAUCAUCAUUUUGUGAUUCAAAUUCCUUUACAUUUUCUGAACCCUCAGUUUAUGUUAUUGGUUACAACCCAAAUUUCACCAACACGUGAAAGUUGGGCAUCAACAUUUUACCGACACAUUGAUUAUAUUCAA